UAUCCGAGGACAUGGCACUCCGAUGAUGGAAUUUGUUAUCUGCUUUUGUAUGGUUAGAAAGAAGUCUAGAAGAAAACGGCUACAUCUUUUCGAUCCACGAUGCUGGCUAAUGAUACUCUUCGUGCUCUUACUGUGCGCAUGGCAGCUUUCCGACGCCCAAAGGACGUUAUGCGGUGAUACCGAGUGCUGGCACGGGAACUGCACGGCGGGGGACGGACGUUGUUUAUGUUACCCUGGCUGGCAGGGCCCUGGCUGUCAACGGUGUGGUGGUCGAGUGAGAUUGACAGAGCCAAAUGGUGUAAUAACCAAUGGGAUAGGAAACUACAGCAAGGAUAUGAAGUGUACAUGGCUUAUUGAAAGCGGCAUUCGUAAUGCCACUAUUAGGUUUGAGUUUACGCAUUUUGAGACUGAGUGUGGCUGGGACCAUCUAUAUGUGUAUGACGGCGACUCCAUGUUUGCUCCCAUGGUGGCAGCAUACAGUGGCCUGCUCUUGUCAAAAGGAAGCUCUACAAAGCUUCCAGAAAUCGUCACUCAUUCUGGGAGUGCCUUUGUUCAUUUUUACAGUGACGCUGUAUAUAAUAUGAGCGGAUUUAACUUAACCUACAGCGUCAACGGGUGCUCGCACAACUGUUCCUUCCAUGGUGAUUGUGUGGAUGGUGUGUGCCAUUGCUCUCAAGGCUGGACAGGAAAUGACUGUGGCACCCAAGUGUGCCCUCAAGAUUGUAACAAUGGUUCUUGUGACAAGGAGGAGCGGCGUUGUAUCUGUGACCCAUUUUUUAAAGGUGACGACUGCAGCAUUGCUGAUGGUGCUCCACUGUAUGAAGCUCAGUCAGCUACUGGUUGGGUUCGUGGCCGGGCUAUGCACCAGGCACUUGUCUUGGGAGAUUCCAUGUGGGUUCUUGGCGGGGAAAGCCUCACAGAACUGGAUCAGCAGAUCGCCAAGUAUGAUUUCCUCACGCGAAAGUGGCACACAGUGAAGCCGACAACCACAAGUGCACCAGCCAAUCGCUACGGCCAUUCAGUAGUAACAUACAGGGGUAAAUUAUAUUUGUUUGGUGGAACAUUGCGGGAUGGCCGCACAUCAAAUGACUUGUGGCGCUGGGAUCCUGAGGAACUGCGAUGGGCGCAGCUGUCACCGCACCAGCCUGAAUGCCAAAACGAACUCUGCCCACCGUUGACAGCGUCAGGACACACUGCUGCCAUUGUGGACAACACCAUGGUGGUUAUCUUUGGACACAACCCUGACUAUGGAUACCUCAAUGUUGUUCAGGAAUAUACUUUUGGUACCAACAAGUGGGAGAUUGUGCAAGUGAAAGGAGCUAUUGUAAAAGGUGGCUAUGGUCAUUCAAGUGUUUAUGAUCCGGUCAGACACCAGAUCUUAGUGUUUGGGGGUUACCACUCACAGACAACCACAGGUGUUGUUGUGGAUUAUCUCUACUCCUACCAGCCUCAUGACCGUACCUGGACACUCUUGGCACCGAGUGCCUCUCAUCGCUAUCUGCACAGUGCAGUAUUGCUGCAUAGAGUGAUGCUCGUGUUUGGUGGCAACACCCACAAUGACACAGCCUUUAGCACGGGUGACAAAUGCUUUUCCGCUGACCUUCUUGCCUACGACAUAGAGUGUGACUCAUGGCAUACACUGUCGGUGCCUUCGUCAUCCUACCUCCAGCUAGAGCGUUUUGGACAUUCUGCUGUGGUCUAUAAUGAGUCAAUGUAUAUUUUCGGUGGUUUUAAUGGCCAGAUGCUGACAAGUAUUGUGAAAUAUACACCAGGGUCAUGCCGAAGUUUCUCCACUCCCGAAAAGUGCAUUACAUCUGCAACUGGCAUCAAGUGUGCUUGGAACCCAGACAAAAAGGCCUGCCAGGCGUUUCAUCUCUUCAAUGCCACCAAGGGUAUCCACACAUGUCCCCGAAAGUCAGCGGCCAACCUGACUGUGCUAUGUGAAAAGCAGACUUCAUGUCCAAGCUGUUUGCAGAAUAACUAUGGUUGCGUGUGGUGUGGCACUGUAUGUGCUCACAAGCGCUGUCCUAAAGGAUCUAAGGGCUUAGCUGAUGCAAGAGAGAACCAGACUGAUGUGGAACAAUGCCAGCAAUCUGAAAGCAGCAAUUGUGACAAGCUUCAUAACUGCCAUGCUUGUCACACCGAAUUUCAUUGUGGCUGGCAGAAUGAUCAUCGUUGCUACACAUUUGUUCGUGACUCUGGUAACAAGACAGAAAAGGCAGUGCUAUCGGACAACUACAGAGUCAAGUGUGAUAACUCGUGCAGUUCACGAACAACAUGCAAGGCCUGUUUGUUAGGCAGCUGUAUGUGGUGCAUCAGCCAGCAACGAUGUCUUGAAACCAAUGCAUAUGCUGCUACCUUUCCCCUGGCCCAGUGUACUGAAUGGACAACCACCAAAUGCUCAGCCCUGUCAUGUGAGGACUUCCAGACAUGUAGCGCCUGUCAGGAGCAUGAGCGAUGUGGCUGGUGUGAUGAUGGCAGCAAUACAGGCAAGGGCCAGUGCCUGGAAGGCUCAGCUUCGGGACCAUUGUCCCCUGUGGGUUCUGUGUACCGACUUAAUAGCAGCCUCUGCCCUGCUCCAAAUUGGUACUUCACUGACUGCCCCAAAUGCCAAUGCAAUGGACAUAGCACCUGCAAUGGAUCAUCUGAGUGCCUUCAGUCCUGUCAGCACCGCACGGAAGGACCGCACUGUGAGCACUGCAUUGCUGGCUACCAUGGAAACCCUGCAAAUGGUGGAAAUUGUACCCCAUGUUUCUGCAACAACCAUGGCACUUUUUGCCACAGGGAGACUGGCAAGUGCAACUGCACCACCAAGGGUAUCAUUGGUCCAAACUGUGAUAGAUGCGAUGAGCAAAAUCAUUAUGUGGGCAGCCCCCAAGAGGAAGGUGGCACCUGUUUUUAUAAUCUCAGUAUUGAUUUUCAGUACACAUUCAACCUGUCCUCCGAAGACUACUACCGCAACAUAAAUUUUAUGAAUGUGCCAAUAAAAGUCGGCAAUGAUGUAGAAUUCACCAUCUCUUGCUCUGGAAAGGCUUAUGUCAACAUCUCUAUUGGAUCAGGAGGCCAACCACCGUCACGGGCGGAUGGUGAUGCAGAGCCAGCCCUGUUGGAUAGCCGCAAGUGUGACAACAUCAAGUUGCCAUUCUACGAUGAGAAGCACAACUUUGGCUCGCAAAACACCACUUUUUUUGUAUAUGUGUUCAACUUCACCACACCAUUCGUGCUCCAGAUCUCUUUCUCCCAGCACCGGGCACUCGAUCUGCUCCAGUUCUUCAUCACGUUUUCAAGCUGUUUUCUCUCGCUGCUUAUUAUAGCAGCCAUCCUGUGGAAGAUCAAGCAGAAGUACGACCUUUACAGAAGGCGACAGCAAUUGUUUGUGGAAAUGGAACAAAUGGCGAGUCGUCCUUUUGCUGGGGUCACGCUUGAGUUGGACAGUGAGCCGGAUGGGUCGAGUAAGCAGUUUCAAGACGGUAUGAAGCAGGGACACCCAACACCUGUAGCACUUGAGCCCUGUGCCAGUGGCAAGGCAGCUGUGCUGACGCUAAUUGUGCGCAUGCCAACGGGGGGUCAGGAGCACACAGCCACAGGCCAGUCAGGCCUGGCCAUUGCCAGUGCCUUGGUCUCAUUGGGGACCCUCUGCAAGAGUGACACCAUCAAAGAGGAUGGCAAAUCGGACUGCUGGAAGCCCUCGUCCCAUCCAGGGACCUGCAUAUAAGUCUACGGCCACUGUGAUAAUUGCUCAGUGUGUCACCUUUUGGUGGGUGACACCACCCUUAUACGGGGCAUAUGCCAAGCUCCUUUGGCGCUGUGAGUCGUGAUUGGCCCUGCGCUUUAUUGAACUGGCCUUCGUGCUUUUCUUCUUGAGAAGUGGCUACUAUGCCCAGCUCGCGUGCAUUGAGGCUGAUUAUUUUGGCUGCAGCUAUUUGUGGCAUAACCAUGUGUUCUGGAUUUUAAACUUUAUUUAGGACAGUAUAUUUUAAUUUAAUAUGGUGAAAUAGGUGUCUAUUAAGAAAUAUGCAGGGGAAAAAAUGAUUCCUUAUUUACACAGUGGGUAUUGCUAAUCAUGUUCUAAAGCAUGAACAGCAAAUCAAGUGAUUAUAACUGGCCCAGGUGCACUGCAUUCCUUUUAUGUACAUGUGUUUGUACGUUUCUUUCAAAAGGCCUCUAAGCAUAAUUUCAAUAAGUGCAGUGGGUACAUAAGAAUAAAUAAAUGUGAAGAUAGUGGAGCCCUCUUUGUGCAUUGUGUAUUUGUGGGAUGACUUGCACUUCAUAUGAACCAGUUAAGGCCUAUUUGUGACCUUUGCUUAAAAAAAAAAGUCUAUAUAUACUGCAUGACAUUAGUUCAUGUAUGACAAGCCUUUUAUGAAAGUUUGCGGUGACCACUGCGAAGCCUAUGUUCAGUAGUGUUGCUGGGCAGGAGUGUGUCUUAGCCAAAAGAGGUCCUCGAGGACAAUCAUCUGUGAGAAAUUGCAAAAAACAGAAAAAAGCAGAAAAGUUAGUGUUGAGCAGUGCCAUGUGACUCACUCCUGACUCAAAAUACGUGUCGGAACCUGUGCCCUCUUUUAAAGCAGGCCUUUCCUCAGUGCUUCCACCUCAUGUAUAAAUACUGGUUAGGUACUCUUUGGCAAGUGUGUACUAUGACUUUGGCCUAACAUUAUUGAAAAUUACUGUUGAAGUAAUUGCUGCUGCAGGUUAUUGAACAUGGCUGCAACAUGAGUGUCAUUACUUUAGCUUUGUGUACACAUUGUUACCUUGACGCCUAUAAAACUUCUUUCUGUGCAUUGUUUAUUGCCAAGUAAUGAGUUUAUAGCAGCAUGGGCACUUAAACCAGUGUCAGGCGGUCAAUUCUUUAUUGCAAUCGAGCAUAAUCUGAAUACAGUUUCUUGAUCAUGAUUGGCUCCUUUGCAAGCUGAUGAAGAAACCAAUUGCCCUGAUAAAGGGUAAUUGUGAUCACCAUGUGACACUAGUACUAGACAGACGUUUGUAUACAAGCAUGCUUGGUGUGAUUGUUUGAUUGAUUGAUACGUGGGGUUUAACGUCCCAAAACCACCAUAUGAUUAUGAGAGACGUCGUAGUGGAGGGCUCCUGAAAUUUCGACCACUUGGGGUUCUUCAAUGUGCACCCAAAUCUGAGCACACGGGCCUACAACAUUUCCGCUUCCAUUGGAAAUGCAGCCGCCGCAGCCGGGAUUCGAUCCCGCCAUUCGCGGGUCAGCAGCUUAGCCACUAGACCACCGCGGUGGGGCAUGCUUGGUAUGUUCUUCCGAAAGUUGUGCUAUGAAUGUUUUUUGAAACAUUCUUUUUUUUACGGUGACUCACUCUCUGUAAUGGGGUCUGAUGGAAUUUCUGAUUGACUUGCUUCAAGUAGGUGGUAUAAUAAAGGUAAAGUAGGUACAAUUUUAAUGAAAAACCAAAAGUGUUGCAUAGAAUUCUUAUGAUGCUUUAGUUUACUUUAUUCUUCUUGUUGAAUUUUCAUGAGGUAUUGUAAAAAGACAAAAUAUUAUGCAACACUGUUUCUGUACAAUCUUAACUUUGUGAUUGAGUUGCCUGUAAUUAUUUUUAGAUAAGUUAGGUGCUUGAAAGAUGUAGAAUUCUAAUGACACUUCUGAAUUUUGAGUGCAAGUCUACUAUACUUAAAAUUAUUAAGCAAAUUACAAGAUCAAAACGAUGUUUUGUUUCUGGCGCUAACCAUAUAUACCAACCAGGAAUGUUCAUAUAUGGCGAAAUUUCUGCUGUAAUUUAAACUAACUGCAUUGAAUAUAACGAUGACAUUUCUACAUGGAAAGACGCAUGUUAGUGACGAGGUCUCAGUGUUCUCAAUUUUUCCAAGCAUGGAACGUGAUUCAGGUUUACAAUGCAGAACAACUUUGUUAAAGGGGUACUGACACAAAACACUUUGGCGUCGUAUUUUUCUGCUGCAACGAGUUGCUAGGUGCCUGUUAGUCAUAACACGACACAUCGUUUGCUGCAGCACACGAUGGAUAAUUAAUUACAGGCCCCUCAAUAUCGACCAGUUUCAGUUUCGGUUUGAGAGAGCUCGAAAAACUUGAAGUCGCUGGGUGCAACUAUCGCCACCUAGUGUAUGCGGCUCUCGACCAUGUCAGCACACAAAACUGUGACACACUUCCACGCGGUUCGCAUCAGAAUUACUUUCAAAUAAGAAACGGGACUACAGUGUCGCCAAACACAAAAGUUUCAAAGCGUGCGCCACGUCUACCAACUUGCGACCAGCCGCCAAGAAGUACAGACUGCGGGAACACACAUGGCAAAAGAAAAAUUGUGGCUAUGACGUCAUCAUAACUUGUUUUAUUGACUGCAGCGUGGCGACGUGAGGGAAGUAGGAGGAUCCCCAGGGGGUCCCCUUCAAGGGUGUCAAUGGCAUGAUGGAAUCUAGCGCUCACGCAAACUUCAAAAUCAAUUUAAAAUGCCUUUCAAGCUGCAUUCGCUGCUGAUGUUUUGCACAUGAUAUACGAAUAUUCACGGGAAUCGACCCCACAGGCUAUCUCGGUAGGGAAAUUUUGAGUCAGUACUUUUUUAAAUUAAAACUACUCUGAACAAUUAUUUUACUUAAUUGCACAAAAAAUAUGCAGUCAUGAACAGUUUUCAAGAUUUUUUCAAAAAUUUGACUGGUGCAGUUGUACAUUUGUUACAUUAGUAUUUAUUUGCAGCAGGUUCAACUUGAUAGUUGAACUUUAUCGUGUUUAACUUUCAACACUGCAGUUAUUGUAAAUUGCAAAUGCUUUGUUUCACAUGCUUUUUUCUGCCAUAGCUCCUGUCUUCUUUCACACUGGUCAUUAGCCGAGUGGCUUAAAUUGCCCAAUAAGUAUUUUGUUGAGCACCACAAUGUAGCUUUUUAUUUCCUUAUAUAUCCGUGGCACUACAUACUGGGAAUUUGGGUAACACAUUACAAACACACUUUGGGAGCUUUUAUAGCAAUAAUUGGUUAUGCAUGGUUGAUGAAAUGGUGAUGAAAGUUCUGAACUAUCUCAGUUGAGUGAAGAAAGCAUUAGAAUACUGCGAUCUUGUGCUGAUAAUGCUGCCAUAUUAUAGCAAUGAUGUUCACAGUAUUGUAAUUUUUGGGCGUGGAACUGAGAAAUUGUUUAUAUUAAAGCUUAAAAGGGGAUUGCAGUGCCCAUGAAUUGAAAGAAAAUUGUGUUUAGCUCUUGAGCACAUUUUUAAGUGAAGCUUUCUUUCGUCUAAUACUGCUGACCGCAGCACAAAAACAGAGCAUAUUCCAGGUCACUGUAAAAUUACAUGAUAUUGUAUUCCUAGUCUUUCUAAUGAUAAUGUGUCUGGGUCUGGAGCCAUUGGUUUUUUGAAUUAUGUCAUUUUAAAUUUUAAUCUAGCAACACUGCACAUCCUGUUGCUAGGGACAGUUUCUGCAGCCAAAACAAACAGCCCAGUUCUUUGCAAAUGCCUGCACAAACUUAUGUGCACAGAUUGUGUGUGUUGUGGCUGGUUUGGCCACUGGAGAAUAGGACUCGCCACCUUGCUGGGCAGAAGAGUGGCCAGAAUAAGCACUCCCUGCCCCGUGUGUUUGGAUGGUAUUUGAGCAUAAGUUCUGGCUGGGUGAAGAGAUGGACACAGAAUGGAUCUCUCGGUGCUACUUGCUUUCUAGCCCGGUUUUGCUUUUCGGUUCUCACCUCCCAGUCUUAUUGAUUGGCCCUGUCCACACAAUUUCUUAUUACAGGGGACAUAUCAGUGCAACUGUGUUGUCAGGCUAAGGGUUUGUAGCAACAUGCAAUAGUGUGCCACAAGAUAUUGACGCUGUAGUUUUGUUCUUGUGAAUGUGUCAUUUUAAAGUUGUGUAUUUAUUUUGGAGUUAUAUACUAAGAGCUUGCUGUUUAUAUUUUCUACCUUUACACUUCAUUUUGGAUUGUCACUGUUUUGGAUUAUGUUCUUAAUCGUGUUUGCAGGCAGAAGGGAGCCUUUUUUUGGCACUUUCACCAGCAUCCCCAAAAAUGUUGCACUCAUCUGUCUUUCCUUUAAAACCCUCUCCCCUUGCUCUUUUUUUUUUCAGAAUCCCCUUGCUCUUUUUUUUUUCAGAACAAAGUGCCCUCUUUUUAAAAGGGCUUAUUUAUUUGUACAUCUUGCACAGUGCUUCUGCGUAAUGUUGUUGCCUGAUGGUGUGCUUGCGUCUAUUCCACCUACAUUUUUAGCUUGGAGAUGUCCGCAUUUGUUAGACAAGUCAUGCAAGCUAUUUGGUGGUUGAAUUGUUGCUGUAGCUGGCCACAACAGCCCUUGUAAUGGUUCAGAACUGGCUGAAAAAAUCAUUGCAUGCGAAAAAAUGUGUCUUGGGAAUAGAAUUUGGGAUCUCAUAUAUGCAAAACGAUCACUUUGCAGUUCUCUUAUUUCAGGUGCAUGCGUGCAAAAUCUUUCAUUUCCUGCACUGACAUCAUCAUAAUGUCGUCUUCCUCAUCAACUAAACUCUUGUACUAUGUAUGCAGGCGUUAUUGUACUUAUGUUCAAAGGAGCAUGGUAAUAUUAAAAAGAGCACUUUUAU